ACACAGUGUUUACACAACAGUUCUGCUCUGAGGACACAUACCGUCAGCAUGGACCUAAAACUGCAGCUGGUUCUGGUCUGGCUUCUACAGGAUUUGGAUGGAACCAGUCCGGACCAAUGGGACAUCCAGGACCUGGACCUGGACUUUGAUGAGCAGCUCUUCCAGUCCAUCUGGAACUCCUCAUACCCAGGGACCCCUCAGGGUGGCGCUGCUGCCUGUUUGGUGGACGUUCCUGGUUUCAACAGUCUGGGUCUGAUGAUCGUCUACGUCCUGGUGUUUGUCUUCAGUGUCACAGGUAACAGCGUGGUUGUGUAUGUGGUGUAUUCCAUGAAGACAGGCCGGGCCAGUACCGACGUCUACCUGAUGCACUUGGGCGUGGCGGACCUCCUCUUCGGUCUCACCCUUCCAUUCUGGGCCGUCGACGCCCACUUCGGGUGGGUGUUUGGCGAUGCCCUGUGUAAGAUCCUGUCUGGGUUCCAGGAGGCGUCCCUGUACAGCAGUGUGUUCCUGCUGGCCUGCAUCAGCAUCGACCGCUACGUCGCCGUUGUUCGGGCGACUCGUGUCCAUUCAUCUCGCCGUGUUGUGGUCAGAGCUGUGUGCGCGGUGGUGUGGGUGGUGGCGGCAGCGCUGUCGUUACCGGUGGUGUUUCAGAGACAGAGCAUGUUCGCUGAAGUCCAGAACCGGAGCAUCUGCUAUGAAAACCUGACUGGCGCCAGCAUGGAGCGCUGGCGUGUCAGCAUGCGUGUGUUGCGUCACAUGGUGGGCUUCUUCCUCCCCCUGCUGGUGAUGACGGUGUGCUACAGCUGGACCAUCAUCAAACUCUUCCACACGCGAAACCAACAGAAGCACAAAGCCAUGCGCGUCAUCAUGGCCGUGGUGCUGACCUUCGUCUUGUGCUGGGCGCCUUUUCACGUUACCGUGGUGACCGACACGCUGAUGCAGAGCCGAUCGCUUCAAAUGGACGACUGCGGAAGUCAGUACGUUCUGAAGGUGAUGCUGAACGUGACCGAAGUGUUGGCCUUCACGCACUGCGCACUCAACCCCAUCCUCUACGCUUUUAUCGGAGAAAAGUUCCGACACCAGUUCCUGUCAGCUCUGUCCAAACAAGGACUUCUGAGUAGAAGGCUCCAGAGGGUCUACAGGCAAGGAUCUACUAACAGCAUGGGCAGCAACCGAUCUAGAAACACCUCUGUCACCAUGUCCAUGUGAUCUAGAAAAACCUGUCCCCAUGAUCUAGAAACACCUCUGUCACCAUGUCCAUGUGAUCUAGAAAAACCUGUCCCCAUGAUCUAGAAACACCUCUGUCACCAUGUCCAUGUGAUCUAGAAAAACCUGUCCCCAUGAUCUAGAAACACCUCUGUCACCAUGUCCAUGUGAUCUAGAAAAACCUGUCCCCAUGAUCUAGAAACACCUCUGUCACCAUGUCCAUGUGAUCUAGAAACACUUCCAUAUAUGGGUGGGUGAGUCCAGUUCCAUCCAGUUAAAGUCUGCUCCUGUAUUAUGUCCCAUUUCCACUACGUGGUAUCGGCUCGACUCAACUCGACUUGACUCAGCUCGGCCUUUUUUGCAUUUCCAUUAUGAAAAAUGACCUGGA